AUGUCGACCUUCUUCCAGAAGCAGCAGCAGGUCGCCGCGCUCGACCCUCGUCUGGGCGGUCUGCUGGCCAGCGCAGGCCUUUACAACCUCAAAGCGCUCAUCAAAGCCAUUCGAUCAUGUAAAACGCAAGCCGACGAGCGAUCGCUCAUCCAAAAAGAGUCCGCCUCCAUCCGAACCGCUUUCAAGGAUGAGGACCCUUUCGCACGCCACAACAACAUCGCCAAGCUGCUCUACAUCCACAUGCUUGGCUAUCCCGCGCAUUUCGGUCAGAUCGAAUGUCUCAAGCUGGUAGCCACGCCCCGCUUCACCGAUAAGCGUCUCGGCUAUCUUGGGAUUAUGCUCUUGCUCGAUGAGAACACCGAGGUACUGACGUUGGUCACCAACGGUCUCAAAAACGACAUGGAGCACUCCAACAUGUACGUCUGCGGUCUCGCGCUCUGCACCUUUGCCAACAUUGCAUCCGAAGAAAUGUCAAGAGAUCUGUGUAACGAGAUCGAGAAGCUCAUGGGUAGCAGCAACACGUACAUUCGACGAAAAGCCGCCAUUUGCGCCAUGCGAAUCGUCCGCAAGGUGCCCGACCUCAUCGAUCACUUUGUCGACCGCACCAAGCAGCUGCUUUCGGACAAGAACCACGGUGUGCUGCUCUGCGCCGUGACGCUGGCCAUCGAGAUCUGCCGACAGGACGACGAGGCGUUGCAGGAAUACAGGCGCGCGGUGCCGUUGCUCGUCCAGCAUCUCAAGUCGCUCGUAACCACUGGCUACUCGCCCGAGCACGACGUAUCUGGCAUCACUGAUCCUUUUCUGCAAGUCAAGAUCCUCCGCCUGCUUCGCAUCCUUGGAAAGGAGAACGCGCAAGCCUCCGAAACCAUGAACGACAUUCUCGCCCAGGUGGCCACCAACACCGAAGCCAGCAAGAACGUCGGCAACAGUAUCCUGUACGAGACCGUCCUCACCAUCCUCGAGAUCGAUGCCGACAACGGGCUCAGGGUCAUGGCCAUCAACAUUCUCGGCAAGUUCCUCAGCAAUCGCGACAACAACAUCCGCUACGUGGCCCUCAACACGCUCAGCAAAGUCGUCUCGAUGGACACCAACGCUGUGCAGCGCCACCGCAACAUUAUCCUCGACUGUCUGCGCGACGGCGACAUUUCGAUCCGACGUCGAGCGCUGGAGCUAAGCUACGCGCUGAUCAACGAGAGCAAUGUGCGCGUCCUCACCCGCGAACUGCUUUCCUUCCUCGAGGUGGCCGACAACGAGUUCAAGCUGGGCAUGACGACGCAGAUCUGCCUUGCCGCCGAGAAGUUUGCGCCCAACAAGCGCUGGCACAUCGACACGGUGCUGCGCGUGCUCAAGCUCGCCGGCAGCUACGUGCGUGAAGAGAUUCUGUCUGCGUUCAUCCGCCUCGUGUGCCACACGCCCGAGCUGCAGGCGUACACGGUGCAAAAGCUCUUUUCCGCGCUGCACCAGGACUUUUCGCAGGAGAGCCUCACGCUGGCGGCCGUGUGGGUGAUUGGCGAGUUUGGAGAUGUGUUGAUCCAGGGAGGCAACUUUGAGGACGAAGAGCUGGUGCGCGAGGUGCAGCCCAAGGACGUGGUCGAUCUGUUGUCGUCCGUGCUAGACAGCCCAUAUGUGAACGGCUUGAUCCGUCAGUUUGUGCUGACGUCGCUGGCCAAGCUGCACACGAGACUGACGGACGCAUCGCAGCAGUCGCGCAUCGAGCACAUCAUCGCUAGCUUUGAGAGCAGCGUUGAGGUCGAGAUCCAGCAGCGCAGUGUCGAGUUUGCGACGCUGCUCAAGAGGAGCGAUAUCCGCGAGGGCGUGUUGGAGAGCAUGCCGCCACCGGAGAUCAAGCAGACGGUGCUGGGCACGGUGAGCGAGGCCAAGCCGGUGGGAUCGACCCGAUCGGACAAGGAUGCGCUGUUGGAUCUGAUGGGCGACGAGAUGGCUGUUUCGAGCGGCGGUGGCAGUGGCGCAGGGUCGAACGCAGGCGCUUCCACCCAGCAGAGCACGCACGAUCUGCUGGCGGACAUCUUUGGUGGCAGCGAUAUGGGUGGUGCGCCCGCAGCAGUGGCGGCCACACCGGCGGCGCAGAAACCGAAGAGCUCGGUCAACGACAUUCUCGGUCUCUUUGGUGAUAGUGGAAGCACGCCUGCACCGCAGCAGGCUCCCGUGCCAUCAGCACCCGCGCCUUCGUCCUAUGGCGGACUCGACCUUCUCGGCGGUCUCGACGGAAGCUCCUCCACCGCAUCUGCACCCUCUCCCGCCCCUGCGCCCGCUGCAGUCCCCACCCCCGCCGCUGCACCCACCACCAAAGCACAAACCGUCUACACCAAGCACGGCCUCACCAUCACGCUCACACCGACGACCAACCCCGCACGCCCCGAGAUUGUCAACAUCACAGCGCGCUUCAUCUCCUCCGCGACCCCCGUCAGCAACGUCAACUUCCAAGCCGCCGUGCCCAAGACGCACAAGCUGCAGAUGCAGGCCAUCUCGAACGCGACCGUGCAGCCAGGAGCGACCGAGACGCAGGCUCUGCGCGUUAUGGUGCCCCCUGGCGCUUCGGCGCGGUUGAGACUGCGAAUCGGGUUCGAGGUCAACGGCGAAACCGUACAGGAUCAGAUGGACUGGACGCAGGCAUGA